AUGAAAAGAAGUCUAGAUCGGAAAACCACCAAAAAACAGGCACUUCCGGUCAAUGAAUACGCUGGGUUUGUUGUUGAGGGUCCAGCAAUUGAGACCGUGCGUCUGAAGGAAGGCUUUUUCGAAAGGUUUGUCGAAAAACGGACGCCUGUGAAGAUUAUCUCCCCGGAAUUGGUUCCGGUGGACAUGGCGGCUUUUCGAGUUGACAGGAUCCUCGACACCUUGGCGGAGGCGAAUGAUAGAAAGCUUCAGGUUGAGAGAAAGCACGGUCUAGGCUUUGGGCUGGGGAAAAAGCGUGAGGAGUUGGCUUUCAGUGAGAUUGUAGAGAAGUUGGCCAGUGGAGACGAAAGUUAUUACUUGACGACGCAGUACGAGUCUCAUGAAUACGAGGAGGGCGACGGUGACGAGAAGGACGGGGGAGAGGGUUCCGAGGAGGAGAACUUCCUCAAUGAGGGUGGAAUUGACGAGGAUGAGGAUGAAGAUGAAAAAUCAGAGGACGAAGCUGGGGACGACGAAGCAGGGGACGACAAAAAUAAUGGUUUUUCUUCCCCCGGCCUAGAUUCAGACAACGAGUCCAUCAACUUCGAAAACCUCCAUGACGAUUUCGACGAUCUCGAAAACUCAGAAGAGGAUUUCGUCGUUCCAGACCACAAACUCACCCAGGACGAGGUCGACUUCCGCAUCAACACGCUUCUCCAGGCUCCACUCACGGAACUCUACAAAAAAGACGACUUUCCUUUGGUUCCAGACAUCUUUGGACCGUUGAUCCCGCAACAGAUCAACUUGUGGAUGGGCGCAUGCAAGGACGGUGAAAAAGCGAAGCCUGAAUUGAAGAACAUCACGAAAGAGAGCCUUGGCAGGUACGUUCCAAAAGGCAAUUCUUCGGGUCUUCACCACGACCAUGCAGAUAACUUGUAUGUGUUAGUUCAGGGACGGAAACGGUUCACGCUAUACUCGCCCAAAGACGCUGAAAAACUCAAGACGGUGGGCGAAAUAAGGCGUGUUUUCCCCAAUGGCCUAAUUGACUAUAAGGUGAACGAAAAGGCCCGUUUUUGGCGACCCAUGCGUGAAGACGGUGCGAUGUUGGGCGAGUGGGCUCGGUGGAUGAUCGAAAAGGGCGAUUUUCUGAAGAUCUCCAAGGACGAACUCGAGGAAAUCAUAGAAAAUGAUGAGCCUUUUGCGGAAAACGGCGAAUCCGACCUAGAUCCUCCCAGCUUUUCAACGGUUCCUCCACUUCUAGCACAUUUAGACGAGGUUUCCGAAGAAGAUCGCAAAAAGCUCGAGAUCUACGCCGAGGCGAAUUUCCCAGGAUUCCUUGAUCUCCAGAAACUCGAGGUCUGGCUAGAACCAGGCGAGAUGCUCUACCUUCCUACAGGCUGGUUCCACGAAGUGACCAGUUUGGCUGAAGGCUCUGGAGGCGCACACGUGGCAUUGAACUGGUGGUUUGUGCCGCCAACGGGAAACAAAGAAAAUCCUUACCCUGACAACUACUGGCAGGAAGAUUACGAAAAGACUUUGGCAGCCAUCGCUUAUCAACGCCUGCGUCCUGCGUAA